CUCUCCUAUAUAUCUAUAUAUAUAUAUAUAUAUCUGUGUGUAUAUAUAUAUAUAUAUGUAUAUGGAUGUAUCCCUGCUGGAGGAGUCUAACUUCACAGAAAGGCGUCCGUAAUCGCAAUUAUAGCAACACGCUGAUAUAUGACAACUUCAUCUGAAUCAUGGGGAACAUUUUCGGGAAUUUGCUGAAGAGCCUCAUAGGGAAGAAGGAGAUGAGGAUCUUGAUGGUGGGGCUCGAUGCUGCAGGAAAAACAACAAUCCUCUACAAGCUCAAACUGGGGGAAAUAGUCACCACCAUCCCAACCAUUGGGUUUAACGUGGAGACGGUGGAGUACAAGAACAUCAGCUUCACUGUUUGGGACGUGGGCGGGCAGGACAAGAUUCGUCCCCUGUGGAGACACUAUUUCCAGAACACACAGGGUCUAAUCUUUGUGGUGGACAGUAACGACAGAGAGCGUGUAAACGAAGCGCGAGAGGAGCUGAUGAGGAUGCUGGCCGAGGACGAGCUGAGAGACGCCGUCCUGCUUGUGUUUGCCAACAAACAGGACUUACCCAACGCCAUGAACGCUGCUGAGCUCACAGACAAGCUGGGCUUACACUCCCUGCGCCACCGCAACUGGUACAUCCAGGCCACUUGCGCCACCAGCGGCGACGGCCUCUAUGAGGGUCUCGAUUGGCUGGCCAAUCAGCUCAAGAACAAGAAGUGAGAAGAAGAUUCGAAGAAAGGAGCCGAACUAUUUACUUGUACCUGACAGGGGAUUUUGAUGAACAGGCCAGAUUCUGGGAUUGGGGGAGAUUUUAGGCUUUCAUUUUCUGUCCAUGGAGGUUCCCUUCUCAACAGCAGAUUUUCAUGCACUUCAUAUUCAACCACACACAGAUAUGCGCACACAAAAACACACACAAACAAAUGCAAACUAAAUGUAGGCAUUCACAGCAAACACUUGCGGUGUCCACCCCUCGUUCUUAGGUGCCACAUACUGUAUGUCCUUAAGUGCUGUACCAAGUUGUGUGUGACUCCACUGAGUCAACAAUGAGUUAAAUAUGACUUUUUAGGUGUCUUUUUCAACUGUUAGUACUCCGUACCUGUGUGGGUUUGUGGGUGUUUGAGUUUGGGAACAAUCACAGCUGGAUGAUUUCAGAUUAAGUGUGUGAGCGUGCCCACAAGCUAAAUUGUGUCAGUAUUACACUGUUGUAAAGUCAGUGUUUACCACGCAAAAGGCACCAGGACUGGAAUUUCCCCAGUCAUGUGUCCUCUUACUGCCUCAUUUUGAAAAUCUUUUGAUAUCUGUGGUGUGUUUUCACUCCCCGCAUGGUAACCCCGAGCAUUGAAGCCGCCCUUUUUAAAUAUUUUAAAACGCACAACGUGUUUUCGACCGCCUGUGCUGCAUGCACCCGGGUUGAUCUCGCCGGGAUUGUUGCAUACUAUUCCAUCCUGGGAGCUGCAUGGAUGUUGAAGCUGUUUGUGGAUUUCCUCUAACUUCCCUCCUUGUGUUCUGCUGCUGGAUGCAGAUACUAACCAGACAACCACUCUCUGCAUUUAGUUGUCAAUGUGUCCUCGGUACAGUUUGGUCCGCUUCAUGGUCUUUUUAACAUGAAAGCCGUAUACAAAAGACAAACAAUGCUGACCUGCACAGCUUGUCUGCCUUCAUAUGUCCACAGUACUCAAACUGCAUCAGGUUGCUCUCGCUGUGUGUUUCGCCUCAGACUUGCCUAUUUGGAAGAAGAUACCUUUAUCUUACUGAAUGUGAAUAUUGUUGACGAAUCUAUUAAUUACUGUAAUAUUUAUUGGACAUUGGAUAAUUUUGUGAUUGAAAGCAGGGUAAGGCAGGGCCAAUUCACUCAUCAGCUGGCCACCACUGAUACCAGCAGAAUCCAUUUGGCCUUCAGAUGAAUAAAACAGUUUAUUGUGUGCCAUACAUGGGUCCUACUCAUAUACCAGUGACAGUGCAACAUAGUCCACUCCACCACCAAGUUAUGAGUGCGUUGUUUGUCAUCAGCAUAUAUGUUGUAAUCAUCAUUUUGAUUAUUGGGGUUUUGUGGCCUUACAUAUAGUGAAAACGUCUUCUAAGAUUUCUUCUUAACUUCGAUACUGAAUUAUUUUAUAGCUUUAUUUGUCAAUGCUGUCAAAAUAUGGCUUUUGCACCACAGUUGAAGAUGAUACAGUAAAAUGUUUGUCUUUUUUCCUGAAGGUUUACUUUAUUCAUAUUCACUGUUAGAUUUAUUCUAUUUUCUUUUCGGUUCAAAGACAAAUUGAUGGAGACUGUGUCUUUGAAUCAGAGAUAAAACCGUAAAAGUAGUAGUACCGUAGUACCGUAAAAGUAGAUUAAAAAAACUGUUUCAAUGCUGAAUGCAACGAGACAUCUGUGUUCUCUAUAACCUUUUUCAUGAACUGUGACUGAGUGUUACUCCUGGAUUUAAGACUAAAAUAUAUUAAAUUCAUGUUUACAAGUGACUGAAAAGAUGGAGGAGAUCUUGCUGUGACAAGCUGUCACCAGAGGAGAGCAGCGUUUAGCCACAGUGCUGUUGUGGUUUCACAACAUGGUGUCUACACUUGAUAAAUCAAAGUGGUGUCUAAUUUAUCUGCUUCGCUUAUCUGUCGCUAACGAAAAAACCCACUUAACAUUUAUCGUUAGCAGGUGGGUCUGUGAAUCCCCAAACAACGAGGAGGGAAAGCUAAUUUCAACUAAAUUUACAGAUUAAAAGGAAAAUGCCACUUUUUUUAGAAUGAUUGUGUCCUUUUUUUACAAGAACAAUAACAAUAAAUUGUGGUCAGCGUGGACUCCUGUUGGAGAAAACACUGAAGACCAACAUAAAAAAACUCUGGGAAACACAAGUGUUUUUAUACAGCUUUUCAAAAGUAGCAACACCUUUGAAUAAAACAUUGAAACAUAUAAUGCAUUUUACAAAAUGUUCUGGUCUGCAUGAAAGCUAUUUGGAACAAUGGCCCCAGUAUUUCUGAAUUCUUGUCACAUUCAGUACGUUUGUUUUGACAACUAUAGGUUUCAGUUAUCCUGUAUUCUUCCAUCAGUCUGCUAAAAACAAGUUUACUCUAUGUAGAAAAGCCCCUUUGUUCAAGUCGAUAGAGUGGUUCCUGCAUACCUGUUGCACAACACAUUUCUGACAGAUGCAGAACCCUCCAAUCUGUGUGCAUGCGUGUUUGUCUUUGCUUUUAUUGAGAAUUAAAGUGCACAGACUGAGUACAGACUGAUAUUCUCCUUUUGUAACCACUUGUUACGUUGAUGUUGCGUUCUUAUCGUGUGUCCCUCUGGUCCUCAGCACGGUGUUUCUGAAAAAUAACCUUUUGAGAAAGACUUCCUGGUCGGAGUCAAAUAUUAACUAUUUGUUUUGAACGCUCCUUUUAAAUGUCUAAUAAGUGACUGGAAGUGUAUGACCUUCUGGUGAACUACAAACAUUUUCUCAUUGGAUGUACAACUCUAUGGAAUUAAACCUAUUUAGAUGAAAAAGUG